GUUGCCCAUGAUCACAUGUCACAUGACUUCAAAAUGGCAGAUGAUACCAAAAAUAUUUUGGCUUUAUUGAAUGGCAUCGCAAAGCGCAACUACUAUGGCGAAACAGACAUCACAGACGAAUUUCUAAAGCAAGAAAUAUUCCCUAGUUUCACAGAUGAAGACUUUUCAAAUUUGUUAUCAAAAUGUUCCUCGUUGAUAAAGAGUAUGGUGUCAGCAGAUAUGGAUUUAAACCAGUCAGAGGUGUAUCUUACAUCACAAAUGAAGAAGCCAGAAGGUGGAAUCACAGAGAAUCAGGCUAAUGCAUUUAGGAAAUUCUGGAAAAUUCAUAAAAACAAAAUACAUGAAGCUGUUAUUUCACAUUCAACAUGGAACAAUACAUUAAAACAUGUGUCAUGGAGAAUUGAUAUACAAUCUCAGGCUCGGCAUAUAGACCAGAUCAAUGCUCCAACUGCAAUAAUGGAGCUACAGCUAGGACCAAAGACAACUAAUACACAGAAAUCUGAAGUUGUAAGAUUUGAGAUGGAUGAAGCAAAGUUAGGAAGUGUUCUACAGACAAUGCAAGAUAUAGAAAACGAAGUCAACAAAUAUUGUCAACAAUGAGAGUUAAUUUAUUGUUGUAACAAAAAGUGAAAAACAAGUUUAAAUUGUCAUUUUCUGAUUUUUGUGAUACAACAGUUUGAAUUAUAUGAGAGAUUUGGUCUUACUAUUUCAUAAAUGCAAUAGCAUUUGGUUAUGAAAAAAAGUCUGAAAUGAAUGACAAUGCAUAUUUAUGACUCCAAAUUUUAUAUCUGUUAAAUGUACAAGUGAUUAGUUGAGGAAUCAUGUGUUGUUACUUUAUUUUGCAUAUGAAAACAAAAUAAUGUUAAUAUUUAAAAUGGAAAUAAGAGCAACUUGGUUUCUCAACUAAAUGUAAAAUGUUCUAACAUUUUCACUUAAUUUAUAUAUUACAUUCAUUUGUACAAUGCACUUAUUUAAAAAAAAAAUUUUGUCACACAAUUUUGAUAUUAAAAAAUAUAUAUAUGAUGACAUA